CACAGCCUUAUCGCACGGGUCGAACUCUAGUGUGGUUACCAACCAGCUGACCUCGGUCCUAUACAUAGUUACCGGGCUGUGCUACCAAUAUAUUCCGGGAGAGACGACUGAUUUUUGACUAGUUGACGGUAAAGUUUAUUGCCAUGUCGUCGUAUUACAGAAGUCCAAGUCCAACAACCAGUGACUUUCUGGAGCCGAAACACAGAGUGGAUAAAGAUGUGCGAUUGCAGGAGCGCAUCCAGGUCGCCGUAAAAGACUACCUAGAUAGACUACGGGAAAGAGAAAAUCCCAAAAUACCACACGCUUUCGACCGAGAACAGAAACCCAAAUAUCGAGUUAAAGACAAGAAAGUGCUGUUUAGUUUCGUCAAACCAUCUAGUGGGCAAUGCAUGAAGAAAGCCCGAGAAGCGGAUCGUAAGCAAAUGCAGCGUGAAAAAGCAUAUGCCCUAAAGGAGGUCGCCAGAGUAAUCAAUGCCCCUGAACAGAGGAGUGCCAAUCUCACUGUACCGGCUCCACCACCGAUGAAACCAACCUCUUUUGAUUCAAGAAAUGUAAAAUACCAAGUGGUGAAGAGGCCAGUGACUCCAGUGGAUCAACGAGAUCAUUGGAUCGCCUGGAGAACUAAGACACCCUCAACGCCAGGAAAAGUGAAACCACUCUACAACCCACCGUUGGCGAAAUACAACAAAACGAGGUACAAGCGAUCCCACACACCAUCGCCACCGCAGCCUCCAGCAAUCAGCGAGGAAGAACCGCCCAGGCCAAUGACAGCACCAGGAAUAAGAGUGUAUACUCCUCAAAACAGACCAAUAGCGCCCUCUCCACCCCCGAAAACACCUGUUGUCGAAUCACCAAUACCGCCAUCACCACCAGCAGAAGACAUUUACGAUCAAUCGACUGUUCCCGUGUGUGAUGAUGCAGCGAGUGUAGAUGUACCAUCUGUUCGAAACGUUGCAUGUAGUCCGAUGAGACCAGACACCACGAUGUCUGUCUCCAGUGAAGCUGCAAGGGAAAUGAUGCUUCAUCCACGUCUCAAACCCUGGGUAAACAGCGCCAAUGACUAUGAGAAACAAGUUGCUUAUAAUUUGUUCAAGUCCUUAAAUGGUGGAAAAUCGGCGUCCAUGGCGCGCUCAAUAAGUGCAAAUGGAUACCAAUCACCUGUACCAGCUUACGAGAGGAUGGUGAAAUCCGCAAGACCACAGAGAGGAGUUCCUACGUCAACUCAGUAUGGCUACGACCAAUCUGAGCUUCACCCACAUCGUGCUGGUAUGGAAGAUGAAGUAGUCCGAGAGUGGAUGCAAGAAAUUGAAAAGAAAAUCAACGAGCGUGCAAAGACUCCACAGCCCGAGUUUCAUGCUAGACCUUUAUAUCAGCUCCCAGUACAUCGUCAGCAACGUCCUUGUUCCCGACAGCGAUUGAAAAAGCCACCUGCGAAAGAAUACACCCACGAGAACAGCUUCUUUGCUAACGCGAGUCCAACUGGACGUGGCCACUUCAUAAUCGCUCCUGACUGGGUUUCCGAAGGUUUAACAAUAAGAAAAUUGAACGCACAGGCAUUGGCAAACAGAAAACGCCAUCCUCCACCUGGUUGCUAUGCUGCACGAGCCUAACACUGAUUGGAUAUAAGAUUAUGGAACGUUGCACCGACUGAAUAACUCUUGACCAAUUCGAAGAUAGCGAUUUGUCACGUGGAGGAUUAUAAACCAAUAUACGAUAACCUUAUGAAUGUAUUUACAUAUUGUUCGGACAAGUAUCCAGUAGAUCCACGUUCGAGUGUGCUUAAUUUUAAAUAAAGUUAAUCUUUUUGGUAAUUUAAAAUGCAAAAAAGUCCUUAACAAAAAUAGUCUUUUAAACACUAUGCAAUCACAUGUAAAACACUUUUCAUGAUUUUUCUGUGCAAGGUAGUUCAAGUUUUUAUUAAAUAUCAGCUUUAAAUAGUUUAGUGUUUUAAAAAUAACACGGUACAUGAAAUAGGUUUGAAAGACCGUUCAUGCAAUUUAUCACAUGCACAGUGGUUUUAGAGAUUUUUGCUUAGAAGUUAUUUACAUAAUGUCACAGUGUAUAUCAAUUGUAAUUGAAUCUAUAACUCUGUAACGUUAUAAUUGGUUUAUCGUAGACGGUUGCAGUUUUAAUAUGUAUUGUAAUUUGUUGACUGUUAAUUUGUUACACAUAUCUGAUUCUGUUUCAAGAACUGCGUACUAUAUAUUUAAUUAUAAAUAGAUUUUUCGUAAGCUCUAAAGUAAAACCGUCCAUUUAAUACAGACACAAUUUAGAAUCACUGCCGAUCACUUAUGAGUAUACUGGUUAUAUAGAGUCGCCCUCUAUUUAUAGACUAUUUAUAAUAUUACUAGUAUUCCCAUAAUUCCACGCAAUUAUAUCCGUCACAUGUAUACCGGUUGUCACUGGGCGUCAUUUAUAUUACAGUUGAAUUCUGUGUCAAUAUGGUUUGUUUUAAUUUCAUUUAGUGGCAAAACGAAAAUACACCAUUUAGAUAUUAUCUGGUCCUCGUAAUACUAGUAUGUGUACACUAAAGUAAAGUUUGACAAAUUAAAUAACCCAAAACCCAUCAAGAUUGUGCGAUAUGAGAGGGUGUCUGUCAAAUCUCGCGAGAUGUGUGGACGGAGGAACGCCGAAAGUAAUGUUUUGGUAUGAAUUCGAUUUUCAAGUCACGUGCAAUCUUAUUUCGAGCAAAUUGUACAUAAAUUGUUU